UUAUAAAGAACGCUGACUUGCGCCACCUCCAACUUUCCUCUCUACAGCUUGCUACGCUGGUGGACUCAUCUCAUCGUGGUCCAGUGUGGGCAGAUCCAUCCCUUUUUCUCGUCCUUUUUACCUCCGAUUGAACUUUCGUGCCGCGAUCGCGGACUCGGAAGGAAAACGCCGCCCGCCUGGCUUGGCCGACAUAGCAGCAAAGGCUGUCCGAUACCCAUUUUUCGUGCCGAACCUCUUUGUUUGUGUCGUUGUAAGACUUCAGCGAUCCCCUAUCUCGAUUACAUAAUAGGUAUUGCGCUCUCUCGUCUCAACCUGGACUCGACUGUGUUCACCCUGAUUUUCUCCGCCUACCAUAUCUGCGGUCUCGCGCCUCCCAAACUACAUGCUCGAAAGGUCAAAGUGAUCUAACUGUGGAUUCCCUCUCGAUAUUAGGUUACCGAUUUCUGAUACACGGCUCUUUUGCGUCUCAAAUCUCUGUCACCGAGUCCGACGAUACCCCGAGCUUACGUUUCAGUUUGAAAUUCCCCCCAUACCACCACACCGUCACGCAAUAUGUCACGAAACGUGCUGGAUCAGGAUUUCGGGUCUGAAGAGGAAGACGAUGACUUUAACCCCGCUCCUGCAUACGAUUCAGAUAACGAAGAUGCUAGACCAGCACAUCAGGAACAGGAUGACGACGAUGAGGAAGACGUAAAGCCUACACGACGGGCGGAACGUCGAGCCCCCAGCGAGGACGCGGAUGACAACGAAGAUGCUGACGGCCAUGGGGGAGAGGAAGAAGACGAGAACGACGAUGACGAUGAGGAAGAGGAUGACGAUGAUGAGGAAGACGCUGUAUCUCGACCCCGAAAGCGCAGAAGGAGAGGAGGCGUACAUAACUUCUUCGAGGAAGAGGCUGGUGUUGAUGAAGAUGAAGAUGAAGCCGAGGAUGAGGAAGAUGAAAUGGCUGAGCUUGGUGGGGAAAUGCAUCCAGAUGACAUGGAUGCGCUCCCUGUCGGCGCUGAAACCGACGAUCGUCGCCACAGGCAGCUCGAUCGCCAGCGCGAGCUCGAGGCCAGCAUGGAUGCUGAGAAACAGGCGCAAUUACUCAAAGAACGUUACGGUCGGAACCGUGCUGCGGCCUCCGAUGCAGUUGUCGUACCAAAGCGGCUACUACUUCCUAGUGUCGAGGACCCUAGCAUUUGGGGUGUCCGCUGCAAGCCCGGCAAAGAACGCGAAGUCAUAUUUGCUAUCCAGAAACGCAUGGAAGAGCGGCCUAUGGGCUCUCGAAACCCUAUGAAAAUCAUAUCUGCCUUCGAGCGUGGAGGGGCUAUGAGUGGGUAUAUCUAUGUGGAAGCACGCAGACAGGCCGAUGUCAUGGAUGCUCUACAAGAUAUGUCUAACGUCUACCCGCGGACGAAGGUGAUUCUAGUUCCUGUACGAGAAAUGCCGGAUCUUCUCCGUGUCCAAAAAUCCGAAGAACUGUUGCCCGGUGGGUGGGUUCGUAUUAAACGCGGCAAAUACCAAAAUGAUCUGGCCCAGAUCGAAGAGGUUGAGACAAAUGGCCUCGCUGUAACAGUCCGUUUGGUCCCUCGACUAGACUAUGGCUUGAAUGAGGAUACCGGUGCGCCUUUUGUGGAUCCCAAGAGGAAGCGUCCUGGCGUUAAUCCUGCGGUGGCCCGGCCACCUCAGCGUUUGUUCAGUGAAGCCGAAGCUAAAAAGAAACAUGGAAAAUACCUUUCUGCUACAUCUGGCUUGGGUGGAAAGUCAUGGAGCUACCUCGGAGAGACCUAUAUUGACGGUUUCUUGAUUAAGGAUAUGAAAGUGCAACAUCUGAUUACUAAGAGCGUGAACCCCCGGCUCGAGGAGGUUACCAUGUUUGCUCGAGGUGCAGAGGAUGGUACUGCUAAUCUGGAUCUCGCAUCUCUCGCGGAGACACUCAAGAACUCAGCGGCCGAAGACUCUUAUCUUCCAGGAGACCCAGUCGAAGUCUUCCGUGGUGAGCAGCAGGGCUUGAUUGGCCGGACUACAUCUACUCGUGGUGAUAUCGUUACUCUACAAGUGACCGAAGGUGAACUGGCAGGGCAACUUAUUGAUGCCCCUGUUAAAUCUCUUCGUAAGCGUUUCAGGGAGGGUGACCAUGUCAAGGUCAUUGGUGGUAGCAGAUACCAAGACGAACUGGGUAUGGUGGUCCAAGUUAAGGACGAUACCGUGACAUUACUCAGUGAUAUGAGCAUGCAAGAGAUCACUGUGUUCAGCAAGGAUCUUCGGCUGUCUGCCGAGACAGGUGUUGACGGAAAACUUGGAAUGUUCGAUGUGCACGAUCUCGUGCAGCUAGAUGCCGCUACUGUUGCUUGUAUUGUUAAGGUUGAUCGGGAGUCCUUGAGGGUUCUGGAUCAACAUGGUUCAAUCCGCACCAUCCUACCUACGCAGGUCACCGACAAGAUCACACCACGACGAGAUGCAGUAGCCACUGAUCGGAAUGGUGCGGAGAUUCGGCAUGGGGAUACUGUUCGCGAAGUAUACGGAGAGCAGAGGAAUGGCGUGAUCAUUCACAUUCACCGUUCAUUCUUGUUCCUGCAUAACAAGGCUCAAGCUGAGAACUCUGGUAUCACAGUUGUGCGUACGACGAACGUUGUAACUGUUUCCGCCAAGGGAGGCAGGUCUACGGGCCCCGACCUUUCCAAGAUGAACCCAGCUCUGAUGAGCCGUGGCGCACCGGGCGGUGGUAUGGGACCCCCCAAGAGCUUUGGACGCGAUAGGAUGGUCGGAAAGACGGUUAUGGUCCGGAAAGGACCCUUCAAAGGACUUGUGGGUAUCGUCAAAGAUUCGACAGAUGUGCAAGCCCGUGUGGAGCUCCAUUCCAAGAACAAGCUAGUGUCGAUUCCCAAAGAUAUCCUCGUCGUUAAGGACCCCGUAACGGGCCAAACAAUCGAGAUGGGCCGCGGCAAGGGAGGAUCACGCGUUCCUUCAGCAGCUCCCCCAUCAGGUUGGAACGGCGGCAGGACACCGAUGGCGGCUGCCGAUUCAUCUAGGACCCCCGCCUGGGGUGGCGCAUCUUCAGCGAGGACGCCUGCUUGGGCUGGUAUGGGCGGUUCUCGCACACCGGCAUGGAAGAACGAUGGCUCGCGUACUUCGAACCCCUACGAUGGAAGCCGCACUGCAUAUGGAGGAGGCCUCGGCUCACGCACCCCAGCCUGGAACGCAGGCGCUAGGACUCCUUACGGCGGCUCCUCAGGACAAAGCGAUUUUGACGCUUUCGCAUCCGGCUCCAGGACCCCAGCAUGGAACGCGAACUCUGGCAGUCGCACCCCAGCAUGGUCCGGAGCCACCGCCAGCAACGGCAGCAAAGACGCCCGUGGCUACGACGCCCCCACCCCAGGUGGAAACUACUCAGCACCUACCCCAGGCGCAUACGGCGGCGCCCCAACACCAGGUGCUUCGGCGCCCACGCCUGGAGCUUGGGCCGACAGUGCCCCGACCCCGGGUGCAUUCAACGCACCUACGCCUGGCGGCCCGUCCAAGAAACCAUACGACGCGCCCACCCCCGCCGCCUGGGAUAGUCGUCCGUAUGACGCGCCCACACCAGCGAUGGGAGACGAAGAUGCAGGACCACGGUACGAGGAAGGAACACCCAGCCCUUAAUGCCAUUUAUUGCGGGAAGAUCAAGGUGAAGUGGGGAAGGGGGGCGACCCGGCGCAUUCAUGUAUUCAUGCAAUCUUACAUCUUAUCUACUUUUUUUUUCCUUUAAGACUACAGGCAUGGUUAGUUGGACAGCUUUGAUCUGUGGAGUGUAUUAUUUGUAUCAUCAAGAACAGCAUAUCAAGCGUUCUAUUCAUCCAGGC